AUGCGACAUUUCGGCAAUCUCAUUAUACGACGCGCCUUUGUCAGCAAGGCUGCAACAGCACCACGACCAUCAACGACACCCGUUAUACCCACCAUGCGUGAUUACCAACGUGAAUGCGUCCAGAUCUGUUUGGAUUCCUUGGCACAGGGCGCUCGUAAACAAGUGGUGUCUUUGCCUGUAGGAAGUGGCAAAACGGUGGUGAUGGCCAAUCUUAUCGAGCAAGUGCCUAAUCCAACACGCCUGGCAACCAAGACUUUGAUAUUGGCUCAUCGUACUGAACUUUUGGAGCAAGCUAGCAAUCAAAUCAUGCGAUUUCAUCCAUCAUGGAAUGUGGUGAUCGAGCAAGGCAAACGAAAGCCGGAUAUUGAUCAAGCCAAUGUCGUGGUUGCAUCCGUACAAACCCUUGGAAGAGAUGGUUCUUGUCGUUUGGAAAGAUAUGACCCUGCUCAAUUCAAAACGAUCGUGAUUGAUGAGGCUCAUCAUGCAGCAGCCAAGACCUAUUUAAGGAUCCUCGAUCAUUUUGGUGCAUCCGAUCCCGAUUCCCAUAUCUUUGUUUGGGGUUGCUCAGCGACUGUGAGACGACAUGAUGGUCUGGCAUUGGAUGGCGUGUUUGACGAUGUCUCUUAUCAUAUGGAUCUUUUGCAAAUGAUUGAAUCAGGAUGGCUUUGUCCUCUCAAGGUCACCACAGUGCAAACAAGUAUUGAUUUGAACAAUGUAUCCAUACGCAAUGAUGACUUUGUGCAAUCCGAGCUCGCUCGUGUCGUCAAUACGGAGCAUCGUAACAAGAUCAUUUUCGAGAGUUGGAAGAAAUACGCAAGCGAUACUCGAUCAUCCACUCUGGUGUUUGCCGUGGAUAUCAAUCACACACUCGCAUUAUGCAAUGUCUUUCGUGAACAUGGGAUCGAUGCCGAAUACAUCACCAGCAAAACAUCUACUACCCAACGUGCUGAUAUUCUUGCACGCUAUCGAAACGGUGAUUUUCCUGUACUUGUCAACUGCGGUAUCCUGACAGAAGGAACCGAUAUUCCUCGUAUCGACUGCAUAUUGAUGGCUCGACCUACUCGCUCAAGUGUCCUCUUUCAACAAAUGUUUGGCCGUGGCAUGCGUCUCUAUCCUGGAAAAGAAGAUUGCACUGUGAUUGAUUUUGUGGAUAAUUUCGAACGAGCCGGUCGUGCAGGUUUGGUGACGUUUCCUAGCUUGAUGGGUCUUGAUCCACGGCAAGUCGUUCAAGAUGAGAGUUUAUUGAUUAUGGAACAACGAGCUGAAGAACAAGAGCAAGAACAAGUAAAAGUACAAGAGGAUCCAAACCCAGGCAUUGACAUGGAUGCUAUUCGACUCAAGAUUACCGAAUACGAUGACCUGAAUGAAUUUAUCACCGAGGCUUCACUAUCACCAGAGCUACGAGACAUUUCAGUCAACAGCUGGGUCACAGUGGGUGAGGAUACGUGUGCGUUACAUAUUCUUGAUCUUGGCACGGUGAUAUUGAAACGGGAUCCUAAGGAUGGGAUUUGGCGAGGGAAAAUGCAACGUACCAGGAAAAUCCAACGAGAAUCAGAGGAACAGAAAAAGGCUGUGCAUUGUCGAGCUCGAUCUAUACCCUUGGCGUGUGAUACGCGAACAUCAGCCAUCCAAGCUGCAGAUACCUGGCUCAAUCAUGAAUAUCGCAAGCACAAGCAUCUCCUCCAUCGAGCCAAGCGUAAUGCCGCAUAUCGUUUCAAACCAGCGACCAAAGCACAAUUGGAGUACUUAUCUAAAAGGUUCAAUGUACAGCCAAAAAAGAAGUUGACCAAAGGCCAGGCGAUGGAUCUUCUUUUACGGUUAUCGAAUGGGCAAGGCAAGAUAUGGCGUCAUACACUUGCACAAGCUAUGGAACAAGAACGUGCCACACAAAAACAAAAAGAGUCAGCUGUCCUGCGCAGGCGCAAUAUAGCAGUAUAA